AAAACACAAAAUAUACUCAUAAAACCAGGAGAGCAGAAGAGAAUGAUAAAAAUAAGUAAAAUUCCUCUUCCCCUCGCCGCUGCCUGCCGCCGCCGUUGUUGAAGCUAAAGGGAAGAGGAGGGGGAGGACGACCACCGGGCGCCCUGCUGCCUCCGGCACGAGCUGCGGCCUGCUGCCGCUACACAGCCUCGUGCGCUGUGCGCUAAUCGCCGCCCCGGAGGCGGCGGCGGCCCUGCGGUUGGCUGGUUGCGGGAGACCGAUGGCGCCGGCGAGGAGGAAGCGCGGCGCAUCUGCGGCUGCUGCAGCGGCGGCGGCCGCGGCGCAGUGGAAGGUCGGCGACCUGGUGCUCGCCAAGAUGAAGGGCUUCCCCGCGUGGCCAGCCAUGAUAAGUGAACCAGAGCAAUGGGGUCUACCUUCUGUUAAAAAUAAGCGUCUGGUCUACUUCUAUGGAACUAAACAGAUUGCUUUCUGCAACUAUGCAGAACUGGAGGCGUUCACUGAGGAGAAAAGGAGGUCUUUACUUGCUAAGCGACAUGGCAAAGGGGCUGAUUUUGUAAGAGCAGUUGGUGAGAUAAUUGAUGUUUACGAUUCUUUGAAGAAAGAUAAUAACAAGCUUGAUCUUACUGCCGAUGAAGUGAAACCAGGUGAAGAAAAUCUUGGUGAUAGUAAUAGCAGAUUGGAUACUAAAGAUCUAGCUAAGAGCUCUAACAUGUGUAGUGAUAAAAAAUUAGAAGACCAUUCAGUCACUGCAAGAGAUCGCGGCUUGGUCACUGCUGAUGCGCCUUCUGUCACUUUAGUCGGGAGUGAGCGAUGCGUUGUAAAUUCUGCUCCUGACGGGCCCACAGAAAACAUAUCCAUGCUUGACGAGAUGAGGAAUAUCCCUUUGUCUGCUAGUUCAUUUUCGAAAAAAAAGCUAAGGGAUGCAUACUCUCAGAACUGCUACACACGGAGUAGGGCUCUAGCUUUGCGGAUGUCGAGAAGUUCAUUGAGUGUUGUAAACAGAAAAGUUCAGGGUUCUUGUAAGCUUUUGGGUGAAACCAGUUUGGCUUCUGUUGAUUUGGUUUCUGAUGACAAUAAGGAAGAAUUGACUGUUCUUAAAUACCCAGAGCAUGACAAAGCGAACUCAGGCACCCUUUCUAUGCUGGAUGAGGUUUGUGUGCAUUCAAGUGUAGGCACCUUCAAUCAACCUGGAACUCCUGGGGCUAGUGACUGCAAUAAAAAUUUGUCUUCUACUGCUAAGGUAGAUAAUACCUGUGACAGUGAAGCAUCUCAAAAUGGAGCUUCAGCGAUAGAAUUAAAAUCAAAUGGUGCGUCAAGUUUUCCCAUGAAGUCAACAGUAAUUUUCAAGAGAAAAAGGAAGCCAAAUAGAAACUGGGUUCCUCAUGCUACAGAUUGUAUGACAACCAAUAAGGACGAGGAAUUCGAGGUUGAGUUGAGUGGAAGACUCACAGAUUCUCCAAAUUCAAAGAAUGAAUUUAAUAAGUCAGACGGAGAUGAACACUUGCCGUUGGUCAAAAGAGCAAGGGUUCGAAUGGGAAGGCCUCAGUCAGUGGCUUCACCAAAGACAGUUGGCCAGAUUGAUGUCCCUAAUAAUAGAUCAGGGCUUGCUGCACCUGCUGACCACUCUGUUAUGCAUAUUAGCAAUGCUUCUUCAGCUGACCAGUCAUCCAUAUUAAACAUACCUGUCCUGCUAGGGGAUGGUCACUCUGUCUGGAAGAAUAAAGAAUACCAACCAAGGGGUUUAACAUUGGAUGUGGAAGCUGCUUUGCCACCAUCAAAACGCCUCCAUCGUGCUUUAGAAGCUAUGUCUGCUAAUGUUGCGGAAACUAUUAGUAGUCUUCCUGAAGAGAGAGGAUCAAAGCAGUUGAUUCUAAAUGGUUGUGUGUCUGCAGAAAACAGCCAUUCUAGUAAAUCGGCAGACACAGUAGUCACAAGCCCUAGCAGAUCUGGAAUAAUUGAAAGCCUUGGAUCAUCAGGCAUGCAAUUAAUGCAUAGCUCAACAGGCCAAACACACACCUCAGGAUCAAUUUUACAGAAUAAAAAUGUAGUUGUUUCCAUGAAACUGAAUGAGCCUGCCCUUGAUGUGACACAGACCAUAGCUGUACAUGAUCGGUUAUCAUCUUCUCGGAAACCUAGCUAUAAUGAUGUCUCCAAGCUAAUCAGCUACAGUAGUGAUACAAAACCAAUCGGCUGCCCUGCUUUUGAUGUUAACAGGAGUGAUGACAGAUGCGGUGAGCCAGUUGACGGGCCAAAGUUUCUUCUCUCUGAUAAUAAUGUGAACAGUGAUUCAGUAUCACGUGGUGAUACUGUUUUAGCAUCAGCAAUCAAUAUUUGUGAUACCACAAGCUCCUCUUCAUUGGCUACCAAGUCUUCUAGUAUACAGUCUGAUGCAGAUACCCGAACAUCUGAAGUGCACACCUUCUCAGCUUUGGCAUUGAAAGAACUGAACCACAGAAACCUGAAGGAUAGGUGCACGUCUCCAGAUGCAAUGCCUAUGAAAGAACUCAUUGCUGUUGCCCAAGCUAGAAGGUUCUCUCGGUCAACUUCCUUUUCAGAUUACUUCUUGAACGGCAAGUAUAUUUCUAAACCUUUGGUCAGCACACCUCUUAAGGAAGGACAGGGACAGCUUUCACCUUCGAAUCAGAUAGACAGGUCCACCUCUACAAAUGACAGUGUUCAUUCUAGGAGUCGUUCUGAUAACCCACAAGAGAAUGAUGUGAAAAAAGUAGCAAGGAGCAACGAGGCUAAUGCAGCACGGAAGGCUUUUGGAGCUUUUCUUGGUAUGCUGACAAGAACAAAAGAAAACAUAGCAUGUGCAACACGUCUUGCUAUUGAUUGCGCUAAACAUGGCAUUGCUUGGGAGGCGAUUGAUAUUAUUGUUGAAUGCAUGGAAAAGGAAAAUUUAUAUAAGAGGGUGGACCUUUUCUUUCUUAUUGAUUCAAUAACUCAAUGCUCUUGCAAUCAGAAAGGGAAUUCUGCAGGUGGAACUGGUGAUGUAUUCCCCUCCGUUGUUCAGGUGGUUCUGCCUCGUUUACUUUAUGCCGCCGCACCUCCUGGAAAUUCGGCAUGGGAGAAUCGAAGGCAAUGUCUCAAGGUUCUGAAACUUUGGCUUGAGAGGAAAACACUUCCAGAAUACAUCAUUCGUCACCAUAUUAGAGAACUCGAGGUUAUCAAUGAGGCAUCUUUUGGCAGCUCUCGCCGUCCUUCAAGGACAGAGAGAGCUUUAAAUGACCCAUUGCGUGAUAACGAAGGAAUGCUUGUUGAUGAGUAUGGGAGCAAUGCUGGUUUUCACAUACCAAACUUAAUUUGCACGAAAGUACUUGAAGACGAUGAAGGAAGCUCCUCUGAGGACAUUAGUUUUGAAGCCGUCACGCCUGAACAUGAGGCUCCAGGUGUUGAUGAGAAGGGAGAAUCUCAAAUACCUGUAGAGAAGCAUGGGCUCAUCCUUGAAGAUGUUGAUGGCGAGCUUGAGAUGGAGGAUGUAGCUCCACCAUCUGAAGCUGAAGCUAGUACCAGAUCCCAACCAGAGCGAAGUGAUACCUGCACACCAUCUUAUCACCAUCCUUCAGAUAACGGUCCUCCCCUCCCGAACAAUUGGCCUCCAUCACCCCCACCAUUGCCAUCAUCUCCUCCACCUGUUCCCGUUGCUCAGAGAACGCAGUUGCAGGCAACUUCACAAAUGGCAUCUGAUCCAGUUGGGCCGCAUCCGGCAGUUGCUACUUAUAAUGUUCAAAGUCAGCAGCCACAUUCUAUCGUGGAGCACCCACACAGCAUGAAUCUCUCGGUAGCUCCGUUGCAGCCUCCAUCAUUCUGCAAUUUGGGAUAUGGCGUGCAUCGAAAUCAGAUUGCACCACUCAAUUCAACUGGACCUCAUGGCAAUUUCGCUACACCACCAGCACCAUACCAUGGAAAUAACUACCAUCAACGUCCCACUGCAUCAAUGCCUAAUGAGGGAUAUCAUAUGCAGCGACCGCCCCCUCCGCCUCCAAGUCAAUUCUCUCAUAUGCCAUCAGAACCUAAUAAAAGACCACAACAAUGGAGUAAUAACUCCUUGUCUUAUCCUGAGAGCCAUCGUUAUAAUGGGCAUGAUCGAUAUCAUCACAGACAUGAUAGCAUGCAUCACGGGAAUGGUAGGAGACACCACUUGAAUGAUAGAGGGUAUCACCAUGAUGAAAGAGGACAUCAUCACUUUGACGAGAGAGCUAUUUGGGGACCGAUGCUCCAUGACCCUGACAGGGGAAGAUUUCCUCCUUUUCCGCCAGGACCACCUGCUCCAGACCAUUUUGAAGCAUCUGCAGCGCCAAUGCAAUUUGGACGUCCAUCAGAUCCCCCGCCAGGUGGGUGGUGUAUGGAUCUUCAAGUUCCUCAUGUGGCAGGAGCACAUGGUAGCUGGAGGCCAGGAUAACAGUUGACUAUCUUUGAAUCUGUUCUGUUGCUCCAAUACCUGCCACCUUCUACACAUGUUGUAUGGUAGGCACAACCGGGAGGUGGGCUGACCACGCCAGCAGCUGUCAUCUACUCCCUCCGUUCCGAAUUACUUGUCGUAGGUAUGGAUGUAUCUAGAUGUAUUUUAGUUCUAGAUACAUCCAUUUCUGCGACGAGUAAUUUGGAACGGAGGGAGUAUCAAUUUUAACCAUAGAUUGUAUUGUUAGUCUAACAUCGUUCAGUAUUAUUCGUCGAGCCUUCAUUGUAUUAUUCGUCGAGCCUUCAUUAUAUGUAUGCCCAUUCAUAAA